AUGACGGCGUUGGGUGGAGGCGAGCAGCAGUCAGCGGUGAUGCGGUCAUCGAGCGAGAUUGGCGCAGCGAGCUUCGCGAUCUGCUGCAAGGGCUUUGGUUCGAAAGGGGCAGCCGUCCGCUCGGGUUCAAAUCUGGUGGAGGCACAGAGACGAUGGCUGGCGAGGCCGUUGGAACGACAGUGGAGCAGAGGGGCUCACGGGUCGUCGGCGUGGGUGGUUCUGGCGCAGUCGAGGGCUGCCGGCACAGUGGUCGGUGUGAGCAAGGUUGUAUCUGCAAAGAAGAUGAACAUGCUUGAUGAUGCAGAGGACAAGCAACUCGACGGUGACCAUCGAGUGAAGCAGUGGCUGGACAAUGUUAGGGACUUGGCCUAUGACACGGAAGACUUGCUCGAUGAGUUCGAGAUCGAAGCUGCUCAAGUCAAGUCGGAGGCAGAAUCCAGCACAAACAAAGGUGGGGUGAAAAGGAAGUUCCUUUCCUUUAGCCAACUACACUCACCCACGUUUGAAACCAAGUUACAAGAGAUCAAAGGCAGGUUUGAAGAUAUAGUCAACAAGAAGGCUCCCUUAAGCUUGAGAGAGAAUGUUGUGGACGGAUCUCACUACACCAACAAAAGGCUCCCCAGCACUUCUCUACCAGAGCCUCAGUUUUUCGGUAGGGAGAAGGAAGAAGUGGAUAUACUCAAAUUACUGAUAGGUGAAGCCGAAAAUGUUGAUAGCACACUAAGCAUAGUCUCCAUAAUUGGGAUGGGCGGUGUUGGAAAGACGGCCUUGGCUCAACGGUUGUAUAACAAUGACAAAGUGAGUAAUUGUUUCGAGAGGAGAGCAUGGGUCUGUGUUUCAGAUGUUUUUGAUGUUCUUGACAUAACAAAGACUAUUUUGGGGUCGAUCACCAAAGAGCCUUGCGAGGACAAAGAUCUUGAUAGGCUUCAAACAAAGUUGAAGGACAAUCUAUCUAGAAAGAAGUUUCUUGUGGUCUUAGAUGAUGUUUGGAAUGUGAAGUACGAAGAAUGGACUUCCCUCCUAAAGCCAUUUGAAGCGGGGCCAAGGAAGCAAGAUCAUCAUCACAACACGUAA